AUGGACAAAGCGUUUGACGAAAUUAUUGGAGAUGAUCAUGCGGAAGACUCAGUAGACCACAAGGUAACGAGGUACCGUAGGAGAGAUUUGAGAAACGAAUUGGGGCCCAGGCUGGGAUUUGGGUCUUCCGAUCCAGCGGUAAGGUCAGGGGACAACUUUUAUCCACAAAAGGAAGAGCCACCUUUGCCCAAGAGAAUCAGAAUGUCCAAAAUCCCAUUGGACGUUUCCGAUUACACUCUUGAUGAUAUGAUUAAGGAGUUUGGUGCCCCAGUAUUUUCGAAGAUUUUCGAUAACAAAGAAGAUCGUACAUGCAUUUACGAAUUUGAGGAUCCAGAAGUAAUGGAAAAGAUUGUCGAACGUUACAAUGGGCAUGAGUUGAAUGGUACCAAAAUCGAAGUAGAAAUGUACCAACCUCAGAGGAAGCAUCCGAGAGGUAACACAAACAACCGUCACAGACAGCCGGUCCAAGAACGUAGUAGAGGAAGAUCGGGUAGCCAUUAUCGCCAAAAGCCUAGCAGAGUCUCUAAGAAGGGCAAGGGCCGCGAAAGUAACACACCUACUUCUGUUGAAGCUCUUGACGCUGAGUUAGACGCUUACAUGAAAGGUUGA